UCUCUCUCUCUCUCUCUCUCUCUCUCUCUCUUUUUCUGAGUCCUUCCCUUUCCCUUUUUGUCCUAUUUUCUUCUUCCAUUUUGGUUUAGACUCCAUUACUUUGAUCACAAGACAUGGAAAAAGCUCUGAAACUCAAAGAGAAGCAACACCAGGGCCAAGCCAUGCAAAUAUCGAAGCAACAACGACAAGAACCACAAGACCAGAUCAAGCUUGCUGUCACUGCCAUCACCCUCAAUGCACGGUUGAGAUCAUCUGACAUGCCUGCCCACAUGCAAAACCACGCUCUCCGCCACACCCGAUCACUCCUCGACUCACCACCAAACCCCAAAACUCGUCUCAACCCAACACACCUCGCUCGAGCUCUCAAAAAGGAGUUUGACUCGGUGUAUGGACCGGCGUGGCACUGCGUGGUGGGGACGAGUUUUGGAUCGUUCGUGACUCACUCAGCCGGCGGGUUCGUGUAUUUCUCUGUCGAUGAAUCGCUGUCGGUGCUUCUCUUCAAAACGGAGGUCCAGUUGGUGACGGAACAACGACCACCACAACCAUCUAAGCCUUCAACUUUGAGUCCUUGUUGAGAAUUUUGUGUUGACUCGUGACAGACGUGUUAGUUGUGAUUACUCUCCUUCUUUGACUAGCAUGCCCCAUAAAAUUUUCCAUUUCUUUUUUUUUCUUCUCUUUUUCUUUAAAACAAACAAACAUGUUUGUGGUGAUGACCUUUGAGCUUUAUAUACAACUAGCCUCUUGUCACA